UGUUAUUUUACGUAAUCGGGUUAUGGGCGGAGUUUAUACAGCGUUUUGCAACGCCCAAUAAAACUACCUGGAAGGAAGGGGCAACGGCAGCUGUCUUCACGGUUGUCUAGCGAGGAACGGUGCAGUGGCAAUGGAAGCAACCAGGAGGAGAGGCAAGGUGCACAGCAAUGGGAAGACGGCUGAAGAGACUGAGCCGACGGCACAGUGGGGGAGAGCCUGGGAAGUGGACUGGUUCUCCUUGUCCAGCGUGAUCGCCCUGCUGUGCUUCGCCCCCUUCAUCGUGUACUUCUUCGUGAUGGCGUGUGACCAGUACCAGUGCUCCGUCAGCCAGCCCCUGCUGGAGCUGUACAGCGGCGAGACCACCCUGUCCGCCAUCUGGGCCCGCUCCCCCUCCUUCACCUGGGGGGCCGCCAAGAUCUACGCCGUCUGGGUCGGCUUCCAGCUGUUCCUGUACAUGUGCGUCCCUGACAUCACCCAUAAGUUCAUCCCUGGCUACGUCGGUGGGGUUCAGGAUGGAUCUCGCACCCCUGCUGGUCUGAUCAACAAGUAUGAGAUCAACGGCCUACAGUGCUGGCUCAUCACCCACGCCGUGUGGCUGGCCAACGCACACUACUUCCACUGGUUCUCCCCCACCAUCAUCUUUGACCACUGGAUCCCGCUGAUGUGGUGUGCCAACAUCCUGGGCUACCUGGUGGCCUCCUUCGCCUUCGUCAAGGCCUACCUCUUCCCCACCAGCGCGGACGACUGCAAGUUCACAGGGAACGUCUUCUACAACUACAUGAUGGGCAUCGAGUUCAACCCGCGCGUGGGCAAGUGGUUCGACUUCAAGCUGUUCUUCAACGGGCGGCCGGGCAUCGUGGCGUGGACCCUCAUCAACCUGUCCUACAUGGCCAAGCAGCAGGAGCUCUACGGGCACGUCACCAACUCCAUGAUCCUGGUCAACGUGCUGCAGGGCCUGUACGUGCUGGACUUCUUCUGGAACGAGGCGUGGUACCUGAAGACCAUCGACAUCUGUCACGACCACUUCGGCUGGUACCUGGGGUGGGGAGACUGUGUGUGGCUGCCCUACCUCUACACCCUGCAGGUAAUCAGCCACGCCCACACACCUGAGGCACGCACACACACACUCACGGAGCACUCUGAGUCAGACACGCCGACGCAUCACUAG